ACUCACUGGGAAGGAAGUAAGAUUAAACUUUUUCCCAUUCUUUAUCAGCCAACGCAUCACACCCGCCUUGUUAUCAACACUCGAUCGACUCUUCUCCCUGGUAACACCCGUACAUGUGUUGGCUCCGUGUUUCUGGGCUUAGGCAACACCAGUACCCACAGCUUUCAUCGCCGAGAACUGCAAAACACCAAGGACGAAAUGCCGCGACCCUCCAUCUCAAAGCUGUGACCAUCGGGCCUCAGUACUCGCCCUAGAAUACUGUCAUCUCUCUUGUAAGACACAGUGAUGAUAUCCUGAGGUGUUAAAAUAUGUAGGCGUAUGCUUGAAUUUGUGUUUGCACCUGUAGGAGACGCGGUAGGUGAGAUGUGCAAAUACCUGGGAGGUGACGGGUGAGGGAGUGAGAGGCUGGCGGGUCAGUGGGCUGCCAGCAGUGGUUGGAGGUAGACGGUGCUACGGCGCUCUCUCCCUCCUCAUUUUCUCCCUCCUCUCUCUCUCUUCUCUUCGUCCUCUCUUACCUUGCCUUCUGUUAAUUCAGGUGAGCGGUGCCCCACCCAGCAUGGACUCGUUUCAGUGAUAGCAUGACACGUACAGACAAUGUCGAGACAGUUUGAACACUUGGUGACGUGAAAAUUACAAGUGAAAGUUUAUUGAGACAAAUCUCAGGUGGUUGUGAUUGUAACUGGUGCGAUGAUAACGAACCUGAGUGUGGUAAAAAUGGAAAACUGUUUGAGUCACAACGUGGGUGCCGGAAGUGUGAAGGGGCAUGUUGACAGCAAUAACAACAAUAACAAUAACAGCUGCAGCAGCAGCAGUACCAGCAGCAGUACCAGCACUAACAGCAAAAACAUCAGCACCAGCACCAACAACAACAACGGCACUAACAACAACUGCAGCAUUAACAACAACAGUAACAGCAGCAGCAGCAGCAGCAGCACCUGCAGUAGUCCCAGCAGCACAAGCCACUUGGUGCAGGAAGUGGACGAGGAGCACUCCAGGUUUCCGGAACUCGACACAAAAGCCUCGUCGACUUGUGGGGAAGUACCAGCUGCGGCCUCGGUCCCUCCAGGCGCGGCGCCACUCUGACAGCGAGUGGAGCCUGCAGGACACGCUACGCCACAAACCGAGGCCGCAGCCGCUGUCCCGCUACCGCCGGAAGACGGCCAACGCGAGGGAGAGGUACCGCAUGCGGCAGAUCAACACAGCGUUCGAGAGCCUGCGGGGCGUGCUGCCCUCCUGGGUGUGCAGCCGCCGCGCCGCAGCGGACAUGACCAAGAUUACCACUCUGCGGCUCGCCUCCGCCUACAUCAGGUCGCUGCAGGACAUCCUGGACGGCAACGCCCCCGAGGACACGUGUUCCUGGGUACUGUCCAGCAUCCUGGGCGAUACCACGAAGAGCAAAGGGGCGCAACCUGAGCCAGUCAAGACCCAGAACACUCCCGUCAGCACACAGCAAGAAGCAGAUUUUGUGUCGUUCUUGUGUAACUCCUCAGACACGGGAGUUUUCCAGGACAACUUGGACUCUUUAUCAUAUCUGUCUCCGAUGUCAGAGACAGAAGCUGUCGCUCUGCUCCUGGGGAGUGACCCGCCGCGCGGCUGGGGCGAUGCUCAUCACACACAACUCGUAACUUAAUGAAGGAGGGCAAAGGUGAUUUUUUUCUCACCAAUAAACUCUCCGCAUCGUCCUAGACAUUUCUCAGACUUAUUUAAUUCAGUCUCAUCGACGGAGUGGUUGUAUCAUACGUAACUUAUGAAUAUUAUCUAUUGAGUAAUUUAUUGACGUGCUGUACUUAUGAACGCUUCUCCGGCUGGGUUUAGGUCGCGGUAAAUAUGCUUGACAGGCUGUGACGCUCUCUGCAGCCCAUCUUUACACACUUUGAAUGCAUCUCCAGUAGGAACACUCACUCAUCCUGGCUAAUGUGGAAGCGGGGACGAGGUUGUGAUAGCCAAAUUUCGAUUCCUUGUUGUCAAAGCAAGCUGUGGUUUGACCACCGCGCCUCGGUCAUCGCUACACAGGAAGGGUCGGCGGCUUAAAACUGAUGAUAAUAUUGACUUUCAUGUUGUCUCAACGAUCUGACAACGCCCAUAAUCCUAACAGCCUCUUCCCCUCGUGCCAGCCUGGUGGAGAUUAUGCAUCACCUCACCCUUACAUCCACAUAAGAAGGCACACCACCACCACUUCCACAUCAGCCAGGAUGAGGGAAAUAGUGAAAAAAAGUAUUUUAUUUAUGAUUUAGGGAGAUAGUGGCCGGUUGUUAUUUCAUUCUAAACUCCGCUAGACGUCCCUCGGCCUCACCCAUCGGCUGACAUCCCACAGACACUCACUUUUCUUGCAUUUGUACGUGUGCUUCCUGUUGAAACACAAACACACACACACACACACACACACACACACACACACACACACACACACACACACACACACACACACACACACACACACACACACACACACACACACACACAAAUCUAAGACUCAUCUGAUCAACACUCAAUAGAGGGAAGAAUAAUGUCUUCCUGUCCUGCUCACCCACACUGAGUAGGCGAGGCAUCCCCCAGCUGAGGACGCCGCUGGGUACGAGUCAGGGUGGGGCCGCGGGAGCAUCGUCACGUCGUGGGUGUUCCAGACACUUCGCACGUCCUUGUACCUUCGCGAGAUACCUAUGUUUGGGCGUACCCACGGCGGGCGGCGAUGGAAAGGACAACGACUCUGCCUGUGUGUGUGUGUGUGUGUGUGUGUGUGUGUGUGUGUGUGUGUGUGUGUGUGUGUGUGUGUGUGUGUGUGUGUGUGUGUGUGUGUGUGUGUGUGUGUGUGUGUGUGGAUGGGUGUGUGUGUGAGUGUGUGUGUGUGUGGGUGUUUUGGUAAAUGAGAGAGAGAGAGAGAGAGAGAGAGAGAGAGAGAGAGAGAGAGAGAGAGAGAGAGAGAGAGAGAGAAAAAGGCAUGGAGAUAGGUGGAUAGAUAAGAAUGUAGAUGGAUGGAUAGACAGAUAGAUAGAUAGACUGAUAGAUAGAUAGAUAAAUAGAUUGACUGAUUGAUUGAUAGAUGGAUAGACGGAUAAUCAGAUAGAUAGAUAGAUAGACAAGAUAACUGGCUUGAGAGAGAGAGAGAGAGAGAGAGAGAGAGAGAGAGAGAGAGAGAGAGAUUUAUUCUAGUCAUUACACCUAUGCUGCGGUGGAGUAAUGGUGCCUAAUGCGUCAGAAAUGCUGCAGCUCAUCAUUAAUAAUCCUUUCUUCUGUGCCUCCUUCAGUGCUAACUUUCUAUAAUGCUUCGACCAACAUCAUUUUCCUCCUCCCCUCCUGUGUUGCUUCCCUGCUCCCAUCAUGAGGGCUUUUAAUUUAAGUGAUAGGAGUGGUAUCGAAUUAUUUUCUUUCUGUUUAGCGGUUGUUUUUUUUUUGGGGGGGGGGUUCGCCUUCACUGUGCUAAGAUUUGCGAGAUGGGGAAAAAACCGCCACUUCUCUUUGUACGUUUUUUUUUUUUUUUUGUAUGUUUUCUUUAUCAUUCUUCACUUAGUUUUGUAAGUUGAGAGAAAACACCACAAGAUUCUUCUCCACACUUCCUCCACCAUCUUUUUUUCUUUUUUCUGUCUUCGUGUUUUUUGCCUCUUCUAAAUGUUCACUUUUACUUUUCUUUUUCCCCCAUUCUCUUUUUCUCAUGCGUUUGAAAGAAAAAUUUUCACCUCUAUUUCCUUAUUUUUUUUUACUCCUCCAAUAUUUUAUUUUCUUUUUUGUGUGUGCGUGUGUGUGAUUUUAAACUUCAAUAUUUUACCUCUUUUAUGAAAUUCUAUUCCCUUCAUACCUCUGUGUUAUCGGUGUAACAUUACCUUCUUAUCCAAACCUUUUGUCACUAUAAAUUAAUAAAUAACGAUCUUAAAUUCUCUUUUGUUUCCGAAACUGAACAUUAAUUUCUUCCUUUUGCUGUGAAUUCUUUGUUUUAGAUUAUUUUUACCUUUCUUUUAAGGUGUUUGCUCUUUCCACUGGUUAACAAAGACAACUGUAUUCUCUCUCUCACACACUCUCUCUCUCUCUCUCUCUCUCUCUCUCUCUCUCUCUCUCUCUCUCUCUCUCUCUCUCUCUCUCUCUCUCUCUGACCUUAAACCCCGUACUUGUGUGACCUCGUAUAACGCUUAACACCUCUCUCUCUCCAAAGUCUUCCUUUAAAACGACCAGCUCUUCUCUCAAGCUUCUUUUUACCUAACUUCAUUACCUUUCCAUCUCCAUUCACCUAUCUGUCGCUAUCAAUCUGCACACUAUUAUUAUGUAUAUGCAGUUGAUAAUGUAUUGUAUAUUCUCGAUAUGAGUUAGCUCGUCUAUUAGUUUCCUUUAUUUAUAGUUAAUAGAUGAUUUUUUUUUUUUUGUAUCGCUAGCUGACGAUUUUUUUUUUUUUUCCUCUCUCUCAUCAUUUUAUUUUCCGUAUUUAUAUAACAGGUUUUCAGUAGAGCCUAGAACAUCGUAUAUAGAUUAUCGACAUUCCUUUUAUUUUUUUUUCUCUCUCUCUCUCUCUCUCGAUCUCCCCGUCUCCUAUUAUUUUAACCAUACCGAGCCCGCCACCUUCGUAACAAAACCGAGAGAUAAUUAAACGCCUUAGAUCACAACUGGUUUUCUUUUCUGGUUUCUAGUCUCGGCCCUUCUUUGUUUCUUACUAUCUCCUUUUUUUCUGUAUUUUCUUUUACCUGUUGGCUUUUUUCUCUUUUUUUCUUCUCUCUCUCUCUUUCUGUCGAUUCCUGUUUGUGGGUUAGUCUUGGUGUAUUUUUGCUUCUUUAUGUGCGUGUUAUUGGACGUGUGUUCGUAUUACCUAAGUGUCGACGGGUUUACUUACCCAUGAGAGAGAGAGAGAGAGAGAGAGAGAGAGAGAGAGAGAGAGAGAGAGAGAGAGAGAGAGAGAGAGAGAGAGAGAGAGUGUGUGUGUGUGUGUGUGUGUGUGUGUGGGGCGUAAUUUCUCUCUCUCUCUCUCUCUCUCUCUCUCUCUCUCUCUCUCUCUCUCUCUCUCUCUCUCUCUCUCUCUCUCUCUCUCUCUCUCUCUCUCUCUCUCUCCUGUUGCAGAAAAAAAGGAAUGUUGAUAUAUUCUCACCAUUUGACAUCUGUGCAUAUUUUUUUUUCUGUAAUAAAGUAGAUUUAUUAUAAAGGAAAUGUGAGUCUUUAUUAGGAUACGCUUAUAAUUAUGAGUUUAAAACACCUGAAUUUUUUUUUUUUUUUUUUUUUACAUUUAUCUUUCACCAUUUUCUUUGUAUUUUAACGAAGGACUUUAUUUUCACUUCAAUUAAUGGUGUUGAGGAAGAAUAUAUAUCGAGCGUCUUAUUAGAAUGUAUGAUGUAUAUGUUUUUCUUUUGGUGUUUAUUUCAAUGUUCAAAAUACCCAUGUGUCCUAACCUUAAAAAGUCGUCUGCUACUUCUAAGUGUUUGAAUAAAGGUAUUUUUAUUA